AUUUCUAAUUAAGCCUUUCUUUCCCUCUUGUCCUUUUUAAUCAACAAUAAUCCUCAUGGAGCUCUCAUCAGUUUGUAACUUUUCAUUUCAAACUAAUUACCAUACUUUAUUAAACCCUCAUAAUAAGAAUCCCAAGAGCUCACUAUUAUCUUAUCAACACCCCAAAACACCAAUAAUUACAUCUUCUUAUAAUAAUUUUCCCUCUAACUAUUGCUCCAACAAGAACUUUCAUCUACAAAACAGAUGCUCAAAAUCAUUAUUAAUUGCAAAAAAUUCCAUUAGGACAGAUACUGCAAAUCAAACUGAGCCUCCUGAAUCUAAUACUAAAUAUUCAGUAGUAACUAAAAUUUUAAGCUUUGGGCACACAUGUUGGAAACUUCAAAGACCGUAUACAUUCAUAGGAGUUAUCUCAUGCGCUUGUGGUUUGUUUGGGAGAGAGUUGUUUCAUAACACAAAUUUAUUGAGUUGGUCUCUGAUGUUGAAGGCAUUCUCUUCUUUGAUGGUUAUUUUGAGCGUUAAUUUGUGUACUAAUAUCAUUAAUCAGAUUACCGAUUUGGACAUCGACAGGAUAAACAAGCCUGAUCUACCACUAGCUUCAGGGGAAAUGUCAAUUGAAACAGCUUGGAUUAUGAGCAUAAUUGUGGCCCUAACUGGGUUGAUACUAACUAUAAAAUUGAACUGUGGUCCACUCUUUAUUUCUCUGUAUUGUGUUAGUAUUUUGGUUGGAGCUCUCUAUUCUGUUCCACCUUUUAGAUGGAAGCAAAAUCCUAAUACCGCAUUUUCCAGUUAUUUUAUGGGUCUGGUGAUCUUAAAUUUCACAUGUUAUUAUGCUAGCAGAGCAGCUUUUGGUCUACCAUUUGAGAUGAGUCCUCCUUUUACUUUCAUCCUAGCCUUUGUUAAAUCAAUGGGAUCAGCUUUAUUUUUAUGUAAAGAUGUUUCAGACAUUGAAGGCGACUCCAAGCAUGGCAUAUCAACCUUGGCAACCAGAUAUGGUGCUAAAAACAUAACAUUUCUUUGUUCUGGAAUUGUUCUUCUAACCUAUGUAUCUGCUAUACUUGCUGCCAUUAUUUGGCCACAGGCUUUCAAGAGUAACGUAAUGUUACUUUCACAUGCAACCUUAGCAUUUUGGUUAAUUUUUCAGACUCGAGAGUUUGCUCUAACAAAUUACAACCCGGAAGCAGGCAGAAAAUUCUACGAGUUCAUGUGGAAGCUCCAUUAUGCUGAAUAUUUAGUAUAUGUUUUCAUUUAGAGCCUUGUUAUUAUAAAACACACUUACUCUCAACAUAUUAUAAAUAAAAUUUAUUGUUAUUGAUAUAAUUUAGUAGCAAAUCUUUACAUAGUUAUAUUUAAAUUAAUGUUCGCUCUCACUUAAAAUGAAGAAAAACCAUACUUGUAAACAGUUAUAGCUGGACGAGAGUUGACAUGAAGAUUCCACAGCGAAUCCUCAUGCCUAAAAAGGCGAUAGUGAAAGCAAAAUGAGAAGAAUCUGCCAGGUUUUAACACCACAAGAUGCUUUGUAAGGAAGUCUACAACAAGGAGUUUGUAUCCUCCUUUCACAACAUAUAUAUCAUUCACAAACAUGAAUUUAUUAUUUGAACUGAUGUGAUCAAUGCUUGAUCAUGUACCUCAUACACAAACAUGAGUUUGUAUCCAUGUACAUUUUCUCCUCUUCAAUUUUGGGUGAUUAGCUCUGUGUUAACUUGAAAUAUGUGCUAACUGGUUUUGCUUCACUCAUGCAGAAUUUGUAUCAAUUUUUGUAUGUAACUUCUCUAUGAUAGUGAAAGCUUCUCUGAUCUGUCUCUUCUUAUGUCAA